AUGUACCUCCAUCUGCUGGCGUAUAAAGAAGAGAUAUUCGGUCCGGUCGUUCUUGUCAACACGUUCGAGGACGAGGAAGAGGUCAUGUCAGAGGCAAACUGUACCAAUUAUGGGUUGUUCUCAUCGGUGUACACGAGAGACUUUGAACAAGCAGUCAGGGUGGCCAAGACACUGGAGGCCGGCGCCGUCGGAAUCAACUGCUCGGUACCCAUACGGACUGUGAACAUACCGGUUGGUGGAUGGAAACAAUCGGGAUUGGGAAGAGAAUAG